CGCUAUCGUGGCAUUCCGAAAAAGUUUCAGUAAAAAUAUGCAAAAUGUCAACGUGAGUUUUUAUAUUCGACGCUCCACAGUAUUUUGUACAUCAAUUCAUGGUUUAUUGAGAGUUUAGGAGGUGGUCAGUAGAUCUAGGAAUUUGUGGACAAUGGUUGCUGAGGGAGAAGAAUGUCCGGAUGCGAGGGAACCCACGGCGGAGGAGAUCAAGGAACAAGGGAAUCAAUGUGUACGCGCUGGGAACUACAAGGAGGCAAUUCUCCACUAUUCGCAAGCUAUUAAAAUGAGCCCAAAUCCCGAUGCCACACUCUUUAGCAAUCGAUCCUUGGCAUUUCUGAAGAUGAAGCUCUUCUACUAUGCCAAUGAGGAUGCUGACAGGGCUAUUCAACUCCGUCCUGACUGGGCUAAGGGCUACUUCAGACGUGGGGAAGUCCAAACAGCAGCUGGACACUAUGAAACGGCUCUUCUGUCGUAUGGAAGGGCACUUCACUUGCAGCCAAAUGACAUUACCAUCAUAAAUGCUGCCCAAAAAGUGGCCAGUCUUAGCAGUAAGGAAGCCAAGAUGACUAAGAGACUUCCAUGGAUCUUUGUAACAGCUGGCGCCUUUCUCGGUGUGAUAAUAUCCCUGGCGGAUAGUUUUUUGGCAGAAACUUCUUCUCUCAAUACGUUUCUAGCAUUCCUUCUUACAUUAAUAUUUUCUCUAAUGGGAUACGGCAUCUACCGGAUGUAUAGGUACAUGGUGAAUUUACAAAGGAAGGGAAAUCUUGAGCCCCCAGUUGAUCUUCUUGAAGAUUUUCAGAAACAGGAAGAAACUGAAGAGGCACCAGAAACCGGAAGUGCUACGACCACCCGCAAUAGAUACACGAAAGCUCAGGCAAGGCAGCGCUUUCGAAAGGGAAAACCCUAAUAAUGUGUAUACUUUCCAGUGAAGCAUGCAUAUGAAAAGAUAAUGUUUAUUUUAUGAAAUAUAAGAGCGCGAAAAAUUCCAAGGAUUUCGCCACCAUUGA